GAAUCCGCUAAGUGCUACAAUAUUGUGCAUUUAGACAAAAAUUGUUGGCAGGUCGCUGACAAACUGGCAACUUUGCUCACUUCCGAAGUUAUGAUUUCAUAAGAAAUCGAAUUCUAGCAACACUGCAGCUGAUCAAUCAUAACAAAAACAAACAUUUCUGCAUCUACCAAAAUCGUAAUCGGUGUCUGCUGCCGUAAUAAACAUUUUGUUCGUUUUAAACGGAAGCUAUGGACGGAAGCCAGGACGGGACCACCGUAGGGAAGUCGGAUGGAACACUUGACGGAACUUUGUAUGAUCCCGAGGCAGCUGUCGAGUAUCUCGAUUUUGAGGAGCUGGAUGAGAGCGAUGAAAACAACGUCGAUGAACAGGAAGCUGCUAAUCCCUUGCACGAUGCCAGCGACUACGUUUUUUUGUUUACGGGAAUAUUCUUCCAACGGUUCUACAAGAGUCAGCUACGCCCCAAGGAAUGGACUAAAACGGCCGUUUACGGAGACACUGCCACCGAAGUUGUUGACUGCUUGUGGGGAAUUGCUUUUGCGAAAGUUGAGCGGCAAGUGAUCUUCGACGAUGAAACCCCCCGUUGGUCAGAGAACACAACCCCAACGGUGAAUGAUGCCAGCGAUUUCAUUACUCUGCAGGACACUACCAAGAAGAAGCUGUACGCUAUUGAUUCUCUUACUGCCAGAGUUCUGCGAGGUUGGAAGGGGAAAACGGUAAGAGUGUAUGUAUACGUUUGGUCGACUAAUGUCCAAACCAGUGCUCAACAUCAAGCAAUACUCCGUAAGUUACUCUCACCACAAAACGCGGAUCGGGCUGGGGCCCAUUCAGUAAGGGAUGAUUCAGCUUUAGCAGACGAGCUUCGGAAUUCGCAUACUCACCUGGAAGGCCAUUAUAGCUCAUGGCUGCUGUGGGCUAACUUUAUCCAUUCGGCACCGGUACACACCCAGGACCAAAUGAAACAAUCAUCAACGCCACCAAUGCAACUGUCCAAAUAUUUUCGAUGGGUUGCAACGUCGGAACCGAGCAGAUUGGAAGCUGUGCAUAAAGGGAUGAUCGUCGCUCAGAACAAUAACAGCGGAUGGUUAAGAGAAAUUGGAAACGUCAAGAAAACUCUACUGGACUGCAAAAAACUGUUGGACGGAGCUCUCCUGAAGGUUGAAGAGAUGGAACAACGGGGAGUAAUCGGAAAUGAUAUGUUGAAUUCCAUGGAGUUAGCUGUACGCCCGGAGGAAAUGGAACUGAGCCAGCAUCUGGCAAACAGUGUGACAGACUGUGACGACGUAGAUCAUCAGUGA